UGCAUUUAACGUCGUCGUCGACGUAGUCAGAGAUUUCUGCUAAAAAUUCAAGUAAAUCAAGAGCACUGUACGUGUGAAUACAUUAAUUUCAUACUAGUUGAUGAUAGAUAAUCAGGCUUUUAAGAGAAUGCACCCUCUUCAGGGACUGGAAUGGACGAGUCUGCAAGAAAAAAAAUAACACCAUGGCAACUGAAGUAUCUUGUAUUAAGCUGUAAGCUGUAGAGGGCAGAGAUAUCACACCAUGGGUCAAGAAGUACCACUUCUCAAUGAAUACAAGCAGGAUUUCUUCUGGAAGAGGUUCCCACAAACCCUUCUUGGUGGUCCCAAGCUCAAGCUUGGUUUCUCUGCACCAGCCUAUGUCUACAUCAACCAAGUCACACUAUUCCUCCUGCCAUGGCUCCUGGGAGGCUUGUUCACCAUCCUGGUGGAGUUUAAUGUCCUGGAGGCUUACAUCGCUUACUAUGUCUACGGGGGCUCCAUGGUGAUAUACGUGCUAGCUGCACAGCUGAUUAGCCUGAUCGUCCAGCGAAGGGCAGACACGGUGGCCGCUUUUCAGAACACCAACGUCCUUGCUGAAGAAGACGAAGUUGAGUUUGAUUCCUGCUGUGGGUACGAGACAUUUCAGUACGUUGUGCCUCUGAAGCGAUGGAAGAUCAACAUACUCCUGCAUGCACUGGUAUCAGGGUUGAUGGGCGGGCUGGGAUUCUGGUAUCUUCUGCCUUCUGUUCUGAAUCCCCUUUUCAAUAAUGUUGGAGCCACGGUUGUGCUCUUCAUAUUUGGAUGGUUAACAAUCUGCAUAGCACAGUAUCCUUUGAGCACAGGGUCACCUCCGGAACCUGCAUCAUUUAGAGCUAUUGAUACCCUGGAAUUGCUUCCACUGUUGAGACCUUGCUAUGUCCUUAUCUGCUUGUUUGUUCAUCUUGCUUGGAGCUUUGACCCAUCUGCACUCCUCUUGUCCAACCAAAUUCUCCACGUUGUCUUCAUCUUUCUACCUGUGCUAUGGUGUUUGGGUAUCUUGCCUCCCAUUGAUGCUCUUGUUCUAUGGCUCAUGGAGCAGACCCUUGUCCAUUUCCUUGGUGGAUCACCCAUGGCUGGAGACCUCAGGUGCUGCCUCAUGUUCGUGAUCUCUGUCAUCAUCUCCGUGAUUGCUAAUUUCAUCCCGACCCCUCUUGCAAUUAUCGUCUUCUCUGCAUGCCUAGGAUACAUUCUAUCCCUCGACCUCAGUAUCCUGGCCAAUCAGGUAAUGGCUUUCAUGAAGCGAUGUUUCCAAAAACCAACCAAUCACAGCCCAUCACAUAAGAAGAAAACCAGUCCUGAACAAGAUGCUCAUGAAGCCGACACCAAAGUAAAUGACACAGGGCUGGGAUGGAGGUUUGGAUGGCGAGAACUACUAAUCAACACCUGUAUGGUGUCAGUCGUAGGAGCUGUCUCAGGAGUCUGCGUGCAUUUCAGUUCCUCAGUAGCGCCUUCUGUUGUCAGAGGUCUUGGCUAUGCUGUCAUAUCAUUAAUGAUGCUUGUUAAGAUCAUGGGCAGCUGCCAGCAAGUGUUCAUAUUUUGGGGAAUGCUUAGAAACAAACUCUACCCAGACUCGAUCACCAGCACACAGAAAUACAGCAGCAGGAAAAGAAAGCUGUACAGACUUGGCUUGAUAAAGAGAUUCCUAGUUGAUUUGAUUUGUCCUUUCAUCAUGGAAGCAUAUCUUGGACUCAUAUUGGUCUAUACUGGGCUUUCAAUACCAUCUUUCUGGUUUGCAGUUGGAGCUGUUUAUUCAUUACGCAGGAUAUGGCAGCAUACAAGGAGUUCUUUAUUAGAUGUGUCUAUCCUUCACGUACUGCUUGAGCUGCGUCUGUACGGUGGACUGACUUAUGUUUCCUGGUGGCCUACCGACUUUGGUCUUCAGCUGAUCCUAAUUGGUUUUCUACACUCUUGGAUCUGUCAAAGCCUGCACAAGGUCUACUGUUACCUGACCAUCCUCAUCACGUCCUACACCAUCGAGAAGCAACGGAGGAAGUCGUCCCUCCCGCUUAUCGUCAUCUCCAUCAUUCUCUUUCCAAUUGUCUUGGCAACCAUAAUGGCUUCCAGUAUCCUGUCGGCCCCUGUAUUACCCCUCUUCACCCUGCCGAUCUUGCUCAUUGGGUUCCCAAGACCACUCAGGUCAUGGCCUGGAGCGGUUGGUGCAGCUGCCAAUGUCUGUGCAGAUACUGUAUAUUACAAGCAGCUGGAGAGAAGCCUUAGAGGAGUACUCAGGAGAGCAGUGGCCACAGGCAGUUUGGGUGAGAUCUCACCAGGAUCAUUCCUCCUACUGCGGUUUCAGGAUCGCAUGGCGUGGCUUCAGGUCUUAGAAUGUGGUUAUGGCUUCAUGACCGUCAGUCUGAAGGGAAUGGAGCUGCAGGAGACCUCAUGCCACACAGUGGAGGCAGCCCGUCUGGACGACAUCUUUGAGGCAGCUUUCUCUCAUCCGAAGGAGAAGUUCCCAGUGUGUUCCCUCAACCAGUACCCCUUGCACACCUUGACUCCAGUGGAUGCGCAGCCUGUGGACACCUACUCAGAUGCUAGAAAUGUUUUGACUGGCAUCAUAGACUCCCCGUACACUUUAGAGAUGGUUGAUUCUUGUUUUAUCAAAACCCUUGUGUGGCUGCUGGUGAGACAUAACUGUGCCAAAAGAAAAGACCUACCCACUCCCUCAUCAACUAAUUCAGAUUUCAAUGCGGGUAAUAUUAAUGGAAGAGGAAGCGUAAGUAGUAGAACAAGACUUGUGCAGACGAAUAGAAUCGUCAGUGUCAGUGAAGACAGUGGACGAGCUGAGUCAAUACAGUCUAAACCUAUGAGCAGUCAGGCCAAUAAGCAUGGUCAGACAAAGAGGAAGUCUUUAGUAGGUUCUUGGCAUAGCCUUGAUAGUUGGGAUGAUGAUCCCCUAGAGCUCGAAGUAAUGAACGCCAAACCCAAAUUAAAUUCAAGUGCAAAUAAGAAGGAAGCUCAGGUACUCAAGGAACCUGCUGGCCUCCCUGGUGCAAUCUCAGACAUUUCAGAUGAUGAAGUGGAUGGAGUCGAUGAUCUUCUGAAUGAAUUUGAAUUUGGUUUGCCUGCAGUGGACAUCCAUGCUCCUAAGAAGACAACCCUUGCAACCAAGAACAGUCCUUUCGCCCAAAGAAAGAUAAAUCUGAACACAUCUGCUCAGUUCUCGUCUCCUCACUCGUCCAAGUUAAGCUUACCCCUCAAAUGGCGGGAGAUCCCCCUCGACCAGAGCCUCCUAGCCCCUCUCCUGCAGAAGUUCCCACUUGAAUGGUACAAGCAUGUCAUCGCUCAGCUUGGGAUCGAGUCCAACAAGUCUCCUGGGGACACUGCAGCAGAGAUAUCAUCAGAUGAAGCCCUGACUACCAUGUAUGCCAACCUGGUCAUGGCUUGCUAUGGCAUCGUCAAUGUCUUUGGACUGGGAGGAGUGUCGGCAGUAGCGGCCGGAGCUAGUCAUGUCUACAAGGUGUAUUCAGGUGAUAUCCCGUGGUCCAUGAACCAGGAGUGGCUGACAUCUGAUGAAGAACUCCAUGCAAUCGUGUUGCAGGCAUACAGGUUUGCUUUCAAGUUGGCUUAUGACCAGACUGUCCUUGGUGAAGCCUCAGACCUUGAUGAAAUCGUUGAAUACCUUCAGGAGUAUGAGAGCGAGUGGUACAUGGGAAGAGAUACUGAUGCAGAAUGGGUAGAAGCUGUCCAGAACAAUAAACCAAGGCUCUUCUCACUCAUCUAUGAUGCCAAUGAAAACACUUACAAUGGACGUGUCCUCUCCAGACAGCCUGUAGUGGUUCACAUUGGAAAGCUCAACUCUGAGAUGGUUCGUUCACUUUGGUCUUCACUCUCCUUGGAACUCUUCUACUUCACCAACGAUGACGAGGAGAGAUACAGCAUCCAAGCACAUCCUGUCAUCCUCAGGAACCUGACCGUCCAAGCUGCCGAUCCACCCCUAGGAUACCCGAUCUAUGCCUCAGAGCCCCUCUCUAUUCCCACAUGGUAGGCCUUUCAUUGCUUGCUUUAGAACUCUUCUGAUCUUCCAACAAUUAUGCGAAGGGAUACAGCAUCCAGGCACAUCCCAACCUCCUCGGAAACCCAACUGUCCAAGCUGCAGAUCCACCUCUAGGAUACCCGAUCUAUGCCUCCGAACCUCUCUCUGUCCCCACAUGGUAGGCCUUUCAGUAUUUACUUUCAGUCCUCCA